UAAAAUACAAAAAAAACAACAAAACAAAAAAACCCAUUCAAAACGGCAAGGCCAAAACCCUAAAACGAUAAUCUAAAUGAUGACGAAGAAGAAAUCGUUUUCGAUUAUUAUGAUGAUGAAGGUUUGAAACCACGCCAUGACAUGAGAUGAGCAGCGUCGUCGACGUGGCGGUAGUUGUAGUGGUAUUACUUUCGUUUCAUGGCUAGAGAACAAGAAACGACGUCGUCGUCGCAGCAGCAACAAGAACACCAGCGGUGGGGGCCGUUGGAGGAGUUAUUGUUAGCGUGCGCCGUGAACCGUCACGGGACCAAGAGUUGGGACUCCAUAGCCAUGGAAGUAGCCAACCGAAGUUCGAGCCUGGCGUCUCUCACUCCAGAGAGCUGUAAGGACAAGUUUCGUGAUCUUAAACGACGGUUCAUGGCUUCAAACGACGCCGAGUCGACUAGUUUGGUUCCGCUUGUUGACCAGCUCAGACAGAUUCGUGUUCAGGAGCUGCGCGACGAGGUUCAACGACGCGACGUUUCGAUCGUGUCUUUGGAAUUGAAGGUGAAGAGAUUGGAGGAGGAGAGAGAGAAGAGCAUGAAGGCGGAGGAAGCAGAUCUGGAGAGAGAGAGGAAGGCCUCGCCGCAUAUCAUCGCCGGUAAAUUCUCCUCCGCGGACGGCGACGAAUCGGACGAGCGUGAGAACCGAUCGUUCAACGAAUCCAAUUCCACGACUCAAAAAGCAGAGGAAACGAGGAGCAGGAAACGACUUAAAAACGACGUCGCGGAAGGCGAGAAGAAGAAAGAACCGAAAGUAAAACAUGAACCGGAUGGGGAAACCGAUCCGGAUCCGGUUCGAACCGGAAGUGGACCAGACCGGGAUCGAGAUUGGUCUUCAAACGGUAAAUUAAACGGAAAUGUCAAGGAGGACGACGAAGAAGAUGAUGACGUGGAUAAUGACAAAACGGUGUCGGAGGAGAAAAUGGAAACUAUUAACAAGAAUAAUAAAACGAGUGGACUCAGUGAGUCGAACGAGUUGUGGGACGAUUCAAAGAGGGAGGGAAAAGAAGUUGGGGUGGCAUCGAAGCAGAGCAGCGAUGUACAGAGCUCGGCUAGUUUGUCAAACAACAAAAAACGGCGUCGUAGUAGCAGUGGCGAGGAGCCCGAUGUUGAGGAGGUUUCUCCCGCCACGAAAAAGGUGUUGGCCGUGAAAUCGGAGCCGUUAGUUAGGUUUCUUGAGAUCAUACGGUCGCACCGGCUCGGCUCACACUUUGAGCGGCGGCUUCGAAGCCAGGAAUCUGAAAGGUACAAAAAGUUGAUAAGGCAACACAUAGAUCUUCAAACAAUUCAAUCCAGGCUUGAUAGAGGGCUUUACUCUGACUGUAUUCAGAGAUUCUUCAGAGAUGUCUUAAUCUUAUUCAACAAUUUCAUAAUUUUCUUCAGAAAAAGCUCCCAAGAAUAUGCUGCUGCACUAGAACUCCGGGCUCUUGUUGCCAAAGAAAUGACUGCCAAGCUCCGGAAACCUCAAACUCCUGCUGUUAAACCUGAGCCUGAACGACAACAACAACAACAAAAACCACAAAAAGAACUACUUGUUUCACUUUCAAAACCCAGCAGAGCUUCCACCAUGGUCAUGUGUGGUAAGCGAAACUCUGCGAAAGGAGCUUUGGAGAAUGCUGCUGGUAGAAAAGGUGAAAAGAAAGAAAGAGAAAUCGAGGAAAAACCGAAGGUCAAUGAGAAGAAGAUCAAUGGUUCUUUUGUUGAUAUUGAGGAGAAGGGUGGUACAAAGAAGAAAAGGAGUAGUGAAAGAUCGGUUUCGGGGCGGAGGAAUUUAAGAAACAGCAACAAGAGAGGAGAGGUUAAACAUCAAUAUGGUGGUAAUGAGCUUAGUUCUCAUGAUGCUUUAGAGGUUAAGAUGGACAAGAAAGAAAUUGCCGUGAGAAAGAAGCAAGGGGCAGCCAGUUUCUUGAAAAGAAUGAAGCAAAAUUCGCCGAGUGAAGUGACGGAAAACGACAAUGAUGAUGAUGACGACGACAAAGAGGAAGAUGAUUCGGAGAAUGAGAGCAAAGAUAGUAGAAUAGAGGAGGACGCGAACAAGAGGAAGGGGAAGAAGAGAAAUGCAGGAAAAGAGAGGGUGACAAGGAGUUCAAGGGGAAGAGGGGUGAGGGAAGAGAGUAGAAGAAUGAAGAGAGGAGUUGGCCGGCCACCGAAGAGAUCGGCGGCAAGUCCGCCAAAAAAAUCGGUAACAGUGAGCCCACCGGAGAGGACGGGAAAGAGAGGGAGAGACAAUGGUGAGAGUGAGGUUGGGGUGGGAGGUGGAAGUAGUAGGUCUAGGAAAAGAACAAGGAGGUGAAGGUGAUUGUUGUACAAUGUAAAUUAUUGGGAUUUUUUUUUCUCUCUUUUUGGGGAUUUAGCUUUUUUU